UUUCAGAUGAAUUCACAAGAAGUUGACCAGGUAGGCACGAGCUCUGGACCCAUGCCUGGACCAGAGCGACCAUUGCUACAGAGUGAGGGUGCUGAUGAUCUCACGUUUGCAUCAUCUUAUUCCCGCUUGCAUGCCAGGGAAUUCCAUCGCUUAAGAACCAUCCCCAUUGUUGUCGUCCAGAUCUGCAUCUGUGUCUUGCUAGUGGUGCUUGUGUUUGCAAUCCCAGGAAUCUGUGCCCAUGACAAGUGUCAUCUGUCUUCAUUCUCCAUUGCCGCCUAUAUCCACAUCAUUGUUUGGUGUCUUUUAUGGAUUGCAGAUCACAGGAUGUACAAGGAGCAUGAGCGGCAUCGAAAUCAUGGUUACCUGGAGUUGCAUCGUAUGACAAAUGCCCUUCAUAAGGCUCCCAAGUACAUCUUCUCUGCAGGCAAUGCCUUGCUGGUGAUCUUGAUGAGCAUAUGGAGGGAUUACUGCCUUGAUUCUCCAACCUGUCCAUUCAAGCAUUCCCUCUCAGAUGCUGAUUAUGUUGCCAUUGUGGCAACCCUGGAGGUUGCCUUCACUUUUCCUUUCUAUGCCAUCUAUUUGCAUCGAGUGAUCAACUUCAAUGCAGCAGAGCAUCUUCCAGAUGUCUUUCAAGAAGAUAGACUCUUGGCCUCUUACAUGAACUCUCAGAGCAGUGUCCAAAUGCUUCACAGGGAGGAGAUAGAUGCAGAAGAUCUGUUGGAAAGGCAGGCAGAUGUGAUCACAUAUCUGCAAGAUCACAAUCGGCACCUGAACCGGAGACUUGCUGACCUCACAGCUCAGUUGCAGACAAUUUUAUUUGUACCCUCUGGUCUCAACACUUCUCAUGCUGAGGUGAGUCCAACCCAGGGUAAGAGGAUCUGCAUGUCAUCAGGUGAGGGAUCCUCCAGAAUGACAACCCUCAAACAUGUGGAGUUUGAAGUACAUGGCCAAGUCCAAGGUGUCUUCUUCCGCAAGUACACUCAAAACAAAGCUAAAUCUCUGAGUCUGGUUGGCUUCUGUCGGAACACUAUUCGGGGCACAGUGGAGGGAGCAGUUGAGGGCGAGUCAGACCAGAUUGACAGCAUGAAGGACUGGCUGUACACUGGGAGCCCUCAUUCCCGUGUGUCCAAGGUGGAUUUCCGCAAUGAGAAAACCAUCUCCUCCUUGUCUUACUCGGGAUUCUCCGUGAGACAUUGA